UCAACUGAUAUGCGAUGGUGAUUUAUAAAUAGAACUACUUGGGUGAAGAGGUUGGUAAUCAAGGUAGCGACAUCUGUUGGGUUAUGUUGAUCCAAGUAUAACCAAAACAAAUCGUUAAUAAUUAAUUUCUCCGUAAUUAUCGAAACAAUAAAAAGGAUUUAUUGGGCGAAGAAUCCUUAAAAGUGACCGUUAGGUUUUCUUCGAUUUCGAAAUUUUACUAAUAUCUAAACAAAAUCUUCUUAGUUAGGAUCGAAAGAUUUAAUUAUUACCGAUUCAUUUCUCCCUUUUGACCCUCAAAAUGUUUAAAUUGAAAUUGGGGUUGCGAAAAUCGUAUUCGGUAAUCUUGGAUGCUAAAUUGGAAGAGCCGAAUUAUACAAUCCUACAGAUUAAUGCAAUGAUAAAACCCACUCCUAGAUAUCACCGAGUGAUGAACAUGAUUUUUAAGGAAGUGGCCAGAGAUGGACGGCCAGGAAACUGUUGUGCAUUUGUGAUAAGACAAAUCACAUUCAUUUCAAGUUCGAAACAGACUCCUAUUAGAUCUCGCUUUAUUUUUCUCAAAAAUAAUGAAAAAAUUUGUUAUUUUGUUUACGGUGAUUACAAUCGGGGUGGGAUUAUCUCAAUAUGGAACCAUUAGGGAAAGGAGACGAUCAUGCCCAAGGUUGUAUUUAACGAAUGGGAGGGUGCGGAAUAAGCCAAGAAUUUUCGCACAAUUUUCAUGCAACUCUGGUUAUUUAUUGAUGGGGGAGCGUUACAGGAAAUGUACCGAUGGGAGAUGGGACGGGAAGCUUCCGGUUUGCGUUAAACCUAGUUGCAAAAAACCACAAUCAUUUCAAUUUGGAACGUUUUUUGAAUCUUACAAUGGGGCUGUUUUAACAUUCUUUUGCAUCCAAAAUUACGUUUUACACGGGGCUAAUUUUACUUAUUGUGAUGGAAAAUCAUGGAGUAGCUCUUUACCCGCUUGCGUUCAUGAAAAUUCAAACGUUUCCGUUUCUUGCGAUUUCGAAAAGCCGGAUUUAUGCGGUUGGAGUCACAGUUUAAAUCACGAUUUUACUUGGGAACGUAUUAAUUUGAAAACGCCGAGUGGUCACGUGGGUACGGGGCCGAAACACGACCACACAAAAGGCGAAGGGGAAUCAGGAUAUUACAUGUAUAUUGAGUCGUCUUAUAGAAACGAGAACGAUACAGCAACCUUAAUAUCGCCCCUCCAUGAGAAGCAACUCCAAAAAAAAACUUGUUUGGAGUUUUAUUACCACAUGUACGGAAGCGGGAUAGGCCAAUUAAAGUUAUUUGUUAAAUUUAUAAAUCAAGCGGGGUACUCGUUCGCUUGGAACCAAAUUUUUGCAAUCUCUGGGAAUCAAGGUGAUGUCUGGCAUAGGGGAUUCGUCGAUUUAGGGAAUUUAUAUGAUGAUUUCCAAGUUAUAUUCCAAGGAAUUCGAGGAAUUAACUAUGUGAGCGACAUUGCUAUAGACGAUGUUAAAUUAAUCGAAGAUUGUAUAAUCGAUGAAUUAACCACAGCCACAACGGAAACCAUCGAUACAUCAACAAUAGCUUUCGAAUCAUGCGAAAAUCGCUGUUUUAAAUCAAAUGAGACUGCUACAGUGCCCCCAUCGACCACUUCGUGUGAUUGCGACGAAAAUUGCCAAGAUAGAAGCAGUUGUUGCCCCGAUUUUGCUGUUUAUUGCAUUUCAGAGUACACAACAGACAACGUUGAAGAUGAUGAAACAACCUCAUCAUCAAUUAUUGUCACCACUUUUAAACCUAAUAUUACACAAAAACCAAUCGUUGAGUCAACAACUUGGAGUUUUACAAAGAAAUCGUCGAUAAUUACAACAAGAAAGACGACGACACCUUUAAGUACAACUAUAACUACUUUUAAAACAUCAACUUUUAAACCAAAAUUGAUUUCUUCAACUUAUUCACCGUAUAUGUUUUCAUCAACUACUUCAUCAACCUCAUCAACUUCUACACCAACUUCCUCAUCUACUUCUACAUCAACUUCUUCAUCAAGGAAGUCUUCAUCAACUUCCUCAUCUACUUCUUCAUCAACUUAUUCAACAGAAUCAGAGAAAAAGUUUAAAUAUAUUGAUGAUAUAGCAACAUUUCCAACAACUCAAAAAACCGGUAUAAAAGAAUUCGAAAUCGAAAAAUCGAAACCGUCGAUUACGAAACCGGAUAACACGUUAACCGUUAAAGUCGUUAUCGUUUGUACCGCUGUUAUUUUCGUCGUGUUAAUUCUAAUUUUUGUGUCAAGGAAGGUUUCUGUUGUUUCUUGCUUGAAAAUGAAAAGAAUGCGCAGUUCCAACGGCGAUAGCCAAAGUGAUGUGCGGUUUUUAACGGGCGAUGAGGUUUUAGAUUUUACAUUGGCCACGCCGUCAAGUAGCAGAAAUUAUUAGGUUUUUAAAAAAAUAAUAAUUAUUAUGUAAAGUUGAGGUGGGUGUUACGAGAUGGCGCUUUUAAGUUUGAAUUUUUUUGUAGUUUUUAAUUAUAAUCGUGUUUUAAUCAUUAAAUUAAUAUAAACGUAAUUAAUUCAA